AUGUCACCUUCGGUGUCUUCCACCGGUGGCAACGGCGGCAGUCCUCGACCACUGAGCCGGGGCAUCUACGUGCCGACUGUGGCCUUUUUCGACGCCGAAACGGAGGAGCUAGACACCAAGACGAUUGGACGGCACGCGGUGCGCCUAGCCAAGGCUGGUGUAGCGGGCAUCGCCGUGCAGGGCUCCAACGGCGAAGCCGUUCACUUACUGCAUGAGGAACGGACGACGGUGACCAAGGCGACGCGGCAAGCCCUCGACGCCGCGGGCUUCUCCAGCAUGCCGCUCAUUGUCGGGUGCGGAGCGCAGUCGACGUUUGAGGCCAUUCGCCUGUGCACAGACGCGGCGGCCGCCGGCGGCGACUAUGCGCUGGUGCUGCCGCCCAGCUACUACAAUGGCCUCUUUGAGGGCGCGACGACCGUGCUUGACUUUUUCCAGGCCGUUGCGGACGCCUCGCCCAUCCCGGUCCUCGUCUACAACUAUCCCGGCGCGACGCCCGGCGUGGACAUUUGCUCCGACACGCUGGCGACGCUCGCCAAGCACCCCAACAUUGCCGGCUGCAAAUUCACCUGCGGCAACACGGGCAAGCUGGGUCGCGUGGCCGCGGCGGCCAAGGCGGCCGGCAAUGAGUUUUUGUGCUUUGCGGGCUCAGCCGACUUUACGCUGCCGGCGCUGGCCGCGGGCGGCGCCGGCGUCAUCGGCGGUCUCGGCAAUGUAGCCCCGCGCGCGUGCGUGCACGUAUUUGACGUUGCAGAAAAGGAGGGUGUAUCAUCUAAGGAGGCGGCGCGUCUGCAGGAGAUUGUUGCUCGUGGCGACUGGGUGGCCAUUCAGACAGGCCUCGUCGGCGUCAAGGUGGCGCUCAACGAGUAUGCUGGCUACGGUGGCUUCUCGCGCAGACCACUACCCCGACCGGACGCGGAAAAGACCAAAAAGAUUGUGGAUGGACUCAAGGAGAUUAUGGAGCUCGAGAAUUGGUUGCAGGAUAAAGCUUGA